AUGUGCCGCUACCGAAGUCGCCUUACCAACCGCCCUGAAAACCAAACUCCCCUCUUCCCAGAUUUCGACCAUGUCCCAGGCCUAAAUGGUACAGCGACAAGCGUCAUCGACCAUUCAAUUCCACUCAAAGGGUUUUUCACCAAGUUCUACACUGUCAACAUGGUGUUUGGGGAUUACUCCUUCACGGUAGCCAAGGCCAUCGACGUUGUAUGGGACAUUAUUAUCGGGCGGGGCGGACAGGCGCUUCUCUUGUAUGUGUUCUCGCGGGUUUUUUAUGACGUUCUGCACAUGCUGCUGGAGAAAGACUCCAUGACGUACGAUACCUUUACGUCGCUAUCGCUUAGCGGUGCUACUGCCUGGGGACUCUGGAUGCUCGGCCGCGAUCUGUUUUCUACAGCCCAGAAGAAAAAAGUAUGGUUCGUCGCUAUGGGCGUAUCUUCGCUUUGGUGCUAUCUUUCCCGACGGUGA